CGGCGGGGACGCAGAUCCUUCGAAGAAAAAACGAGCUUUCUUCCGGCAGUGGUAAACAAACUACGGCGCUUUUCUCUUUCUUGUGAUCGCGGGUUUGCUGAAUCGUGAAGCUUAGUGGAAAGGGAAGCGUGGAGUAAAGCGCCAGGAAAUUCGUGACCUUUUUAUUUUGGUGGGGAUGGAUGAGCACAGGAUCAAGCCAACAUUCUUCUACCGCGGGAAAAGUUUACUUUAAACUUUUGAAGUGUUUGUGUUUGCCACGUGCUCUGACCAAUGAUUUACUCUGUGUGGAUCUCCGCCGUUGGCUAUCUUGGAACGAAUGCUAGGGCUUGACGAACGCGGGGAUUUUCGAUCGAUAUAGACACGAGAUUUAGGUCUUGUUCUUCCGUCUAGAUCAUAUGGGAGGCGAUUUCUCCAAGCCGGAUCCUCACUACGAUAGCUACGCCGCGUCGCCGUCUCCGCGCGUCCAGCCCACCUCUCCGCCGAAAGCUAAGAUACACCGCCGCUUCUCCACGAAGUACUCGCACAUCGCCGAUAAUUUCGCUAGCAUUGAGGAGGUACAGCAAGAAUUGCGAAGAACAGGCCUCGAGUCCUCCAAUUUGAUCGUUGGCAUCGAUUUCACCAAGAGCAACGAGUGGACUGGAAGGAUCACUCAUCAAGGGAAGAGUUUACACGCAAUCGGCGAUGGUAGCGUGCCAAAUCCUUACGAGCAAGCGAUUUCUAUCAUCGGGAAAACCCUCUCCGACUUUGAUGACGACAACUUGAUUCCUUGCUUUGGCUUUGGAGAUGCAUCCACGCACGACAAUUACGUCUUUAGCUUCUACUCGGAUCACCGCCCCUGCCAUGGUUUCGAGGAAGCUCUUGCAAGGUACCGUGCCAUCGCUCCUCACGUCCGGCUCGCUGGACCGACUUCGUUUGCUCCCAUAAUCGAGGCUGCAGUAAGAAUAGUGGAACAAAGCGGUGGUCAGUAUCAUGUUCUCGUGAUCAUUGCCGAUGGCCAAGUAACAAGAAGCGUAGAUACGGAGGUCGGGCAAUUAAGUCCUCAAGAGAAGAGCACGAUUGACGCGAUUGUGACUGCGAGCAACUAUGCGCUGUCGAUCGUUCUUGUUGGAGUUGGCGAUGGUCCUUGGGAUAUGAUGAAAGAGUUUGACGACAACAUCCCCAGACGAGCAUUCGAUAACUUCCAGUUCGUUAACUUCUCCCAAAUAAUGUCGAAGAAGCUGCCUCUCCAUAAGAAAGAAGCAUUGUUCGCAUUAUCAGCACUCAUGGAAAUCCCAGCUCAGUACAAAGCAACGGUAGAACUUGAAAUCUUGGGGCGAAGAUCUGGAACUGCGACUAGUUCUCUUCCUUUGCCACCUCCUGUUCAAGUAUUGCAAGCGGACUCUCAGUUUCACGUUGAGCCAUCGUCGUCUGGUUACUAUCCUCCAGCUGAAAACUACUACACUCCACCUGGAUUUUCACCUACGGCACCGAGGGGCGUGGACCUUCCAGAAAGCCAGGUGUGCCCGAUCUGUCUCACGGAGAGAAAGGACUUGGCUUUUGGCUGCGGACACCAGACAUGCAGGGAGUGUGGUGCCAGUUUGACGAACUGUCCGAUUUGCAGACAGGAGAUUUCGACUCGAAUUCGGCUGUACUGAAAGACUGGAGCUGGGAUUCGCGCGGCCGUUCGUGUACAGGCAAAGGAUUUGUUUUUCGAGGGAGGUUCGUGGUUUGCUACAGUUUUGUCGCAAGGAAUCGGCGGCCAAGAGCUUUGACACUGGAAUGAUACCGCUGUAAUUCUUUCUCGCGACUCUCAGGGAGGGAAUCUUCUCCCCGCAAAUCGUUUCUUCCUUUUCUUUUGGUUUCUUUUCCUUCCUUUGUUUUCAAAGGGGUCGUACUUUGUGAUGUUGACGCAGACUUUCGUAUGAUUCGAAACCAUUUUUUCUCUUUUUUGCCACCCCUCUCUGUGUAGAUUUUUUUUUUCAUACUCCCCAGAGCCGGGACGUGCCCGGACCAUCCAUCAACCUUGGCUCUCUAACAUUGUCUUCGAAUUUAUCAAAUAGAAACAUGGUUAGAUUA